AGUUUAAAUAUAUGUGAGGGUCGACUUGAUCGUUACGACAUCGGCGGUCUCACAUAAUUUAUGCAACAUAAUCUUGAUUGAUUGCACGAAUUUGUCGCCUUCUUCUGCUGCCCGUCGUCCGAUUCUUCAAGCCCUCUCUUCACUCCAGUUCUUGAUGCCCUCCUUAUUUAAUCUUUCGACCCGACAUAGUUUUCCCUUUCCAUCGCUCGCGUUCAUCCCCACCAUUGUUUCCCCUCUUUCUUGCUCGAGUAACCUUCUUCCCCGAAUUCUAUCGCAUGUAAUUUUCUCUAUCGGCUAGUUUACUCUACUCCACCUAACCAUGUCACUUCUCGCCCGCGGUUUUGCUCUGGGCAGGCAUCCGAGCUGCCGCGAUCAAAUCCUUCCUUGGCAGAAGAAGGGCGGUCUCGAUCACCUGAGUGAGUCUUCGCUCCUUUGCCCUGUCGGUAGAGCCAGGAGGAACGGCUGGGCUGCCUUUGCGAUGGAAGGAUCGGUUGGGCCUCGAGUUUACAGCUGCAGCAAUUGUGGCAACCAUGUCUGCCUUCACGAUGAUAUCAUAUCAAAAGCAUUUCAUGUAAAUCCUGGGAGACAUGGUCGUGCCUUUCUGUUUUCUCAUGGGAGGAACAUAGUCAUGGGGCCGAAGCAAGAUCGGCUGCUCAUGACAGGAAUCCACACGGUUGCUGAUGUAUAUUGCCACGACUGCGGGGAGGUCUUGGGCUGGAAGUACGAAAGAGCUUACGAGGAGACACAAAGGUACAAGGAAGGGAAAUUUGUCUUUGAGAAAAUAAAGAUCGUCAAGGAGAAUUGGUAGCUACAUCGGUGGGUAAGACAGGCAAAUGGAAAGACAAGAAUGCAAUACGGUGCUCACUAAUCCAUUUCCUAGCAGCCACUCCAGUGGCUUACUCAUGGUUUUGGCCGGAAACGCGUAGAAAUCACAUUUCAUAUUUGGAAAAUUGGUCUAUGAGAAGUAGCCAAGCCAUGCAUGCUUCACCAAGCUCGCAUGUUUUGCUAUUUGAUUAGCCAUGUUCAAUUUGGGUUAUACAAGUUUCAAUUUAGUUUUCUGUUCUGGUUGUAUAUUUCUUGGAACAUUUUGUUUGGCAUGGCUAUAUGAUCAUUCUGUUCUGGCUUU